GCCUGAGGUGUCCCCCCAUCCCCCCAAAUGUGCCACACAAAUUUUUUUGAGAAGAAAUAUGGACCUUGACCAACCGCGGCAAAUCCUGACUAAAGGUCCGAUUUCAAAGCCCAAACCCAGGUCUUCAUGGUUAGCUAGCAAUAUAAAAAGAACCUGCUUGAGACACAUGGGACUUCGUUGUCUUUUUACUUUUACCCCAUCCUUACAUAAUGCCUGUUGACGCUACUCCCAUUGAUACUGUUGAGAAGGAAGAAGUUGCCUACUCUCAUCCCAACAACGGUCAGUUGUCUGCUGCCACAGCUGCUCCUGCCCAACGAGUCAUUGCCAACCCCGGACCUUUGGGUCUUUCCGCGUUCGCCUUGACCACCUUUGUGCUUUCCUUGCAUAACGCUGGUGCUGGUCUUCCAGCUGACGGUCCUUCCGAAGUGGUUGUCGGUCUUGCCAUCUUCUACGGUGGACUCACUCAGUUGCUCGCUGGUAUGUGGGAGUUCGCUACCGGUAACACGUUUGGUGCUACUGCUUUCGCCAGUUAUGGUGGUUUCUGGAUGUCAUUCGGUGCCAUUUUCAUUCCUGGCUUCGGUAUUCUUGACGCCUACUCUACUGCCGCCGCUGGUGUCCUUGACCAGUCCCUUGGCAUCUAUCUUCUUGGAUGGACCCUUUUCACCCUCAUUAUGCUUAUUGCCUCCCACCGUAGCAACAUGGGUCUCGUCUCUCUCUUCUUCUUCUUGUUCAUCACCUUUGUCCUUUUGACCGCCGGAAAGUUCCAAGGCUCUCUCACUGUGACUAAGGCUGGUGGUGCUUUCGGAGUCAUUACUGCUAUCAUUGCUUGGUACAAUGCUCUCUGCGGUCUUUUGACCAGAGACUCUUCCUACUUUGUUCUCCCCAACCCUAGCUUGAACCGUCGCGUCUAAAGCCAUCACCCAUAACCUCCUCCUCAUUUCAUCUAUUAAACCCUAUAGCGGUUCCUUAAUUGUACUACCCAAAGCAAAUGUCAUAGUAAUAACUUGCCCUAUUUCUAUAGCCCACAAUCAUUUUCCCCCGAUACUUUAAAAUAAAAAAAAAGUAAUAUUUCAAAAAG